AUGGGUAUACUAGCUCUGGAACCUCAUCCCCGUUUGGCCGCCCCAGACUCUCCGCCCGGGCUGGUUAGCCCAUCAUCAUCAUCUUACUCCUCCAGGCCAUCUCCUCCUGCCGAAAAGCUCUGGGACACCAGGUUUGGUCCCAUAUCCCCUGCCAUGCCCAACUACGAACAUGGCUCGGCGGCCGAUGUGUCGACUGCCGGCAAAGGUGCUGAAGGCGGUUCGUCCCGUAAGGAUUCGACACAAAGCGCUCCUCGCCAGCAACUGCCAUCACUGAGCAGUCUGUUUGGGCCUCCUCCACCACUCCGGCCGUUGCAUUCUCCGCUGACCGAGCGGCCGGCCCCUUACCCGGCGACGUCUCCCUUGGACCGCCCGCGUAUGCCGCAACCUCACAAUGAUCGCUCUUAUGCCACAUCGUACUUCCCGCCUCAGGAAAGCUCUCCAACGAUGUCCCAGCCACGGAGUACCUACGAUGCCAGAUAUGACCACGAGAGGCAGGCCUUGCAUGGCUUAUCCCGUUCCUUCUCCGGCCCUGGGUCACCGAGAUACCGCGAAUCCGAACACAUGCGUCCCGAGUCGAGAUCUGACGUCGGUUUGAGUAGCAAGUGGUCGAUGCACCAUGACGCUGGAAAGCACGAGUACGCCCUGGUAUCCAGAGAGAACCAGCCCCCACUACGGGCUUCACAUGACAGGAUGUCCUACCAGUAUUCCAGCAAUAAAGACUCUGGCUCUUCUUACCGGGAUCAGCGCUCCCCUUCUGGACCUGGUCUCUUGCAGGCAUCGGCGUCUGCCAGUACGACGACCUCGGAAGGAAUCCCAUCGAAGGAUGGUCUCGGCCCUAAGAUAUGGACGGGGAGCCACUUUCUCCCACGAUUCGUUCGUGCCGCCGAAGUGCCGGGUGAAGGGAUGUGUUAUUUCUACGAUGACGGAAGUCACUGCAAGACGGUUAUUGAUGGCGAGGCAGUCAACGCUCACUGGGGUGUGACAAAGGCAGGAAAGCCAAGAAAGAGACUGGCGAUUGCGUGUGUCACCUGCAGGGAGAAGAAAAUCAAGUGCGACCCCGACUAUCCUCGCUGCGUUCAAUGCGAGAAAUUUGGCCGGAUCUGCAAGUUCAAGAACGCACCACGAGGUGGCCACAACACCUCCCCAUCAACGCCUCCUGCUGAACCAGAGGACUUGAGACGUCUGGGAGGCUCGGCCAACUCGAACGACAUGCACCGACCUGGCAGCAACUCCAGCGCGUCUGUUUCUCCUCGCACCACGUACCGUCAGCCCAGCCCAGAGCCCUCAAUGCCUCACAAGAGGAUGCGCCUCGGUUUCGACUCGUACCCCUCGAUGCCGAGCGACUCUUCCGCCUUAAUGAGCCGGACGCCCGAGACGGCAAAGGUCAACGCCUGGCAACACCGCCAGCCAAUUGAGCUCCCUCGGAUCCACGAGGACGUGCUUCACCGAGCAUGGCAACCAGACCCGUAUGUUUCCGGCCCGUACACCAUGGCCUCUUGUUUCUUGCACAAGAUACCGUUUAAAUUCAGGCUGACUGGUAAUGCUAACACAAAGUCUUUAGAAGACCUGAUGCUCACCUAUAGCAUCCUCGCCGUCGGAAUCACCUUGUCAGGUGGACCAAGAACAAUCGCCUCCGAAUACGCUCAUGUCGCACGGUAUGCGCAGCAACAGCUCCCACCCAGCCUUCAGCUUGCGCAAUCUCAACCACUCCUGGCGGUCUGUUACAUGUCUACGUCUAGAGCCAGCGAAGCAAUUGAUUUGAUCAAUGCGGCCAUCUCGAUAGCCAUCUUCCUUCAGCUAAACCUAGAACUCGACAAAUCGCUCGACUCUCGCCAGAAAACUGAUCCAUACGGCUUGGAUAGAGAAGGCUUUGCUAAGAGCCGGAGGCGGACAUACUGGGCUUGCUUUGUCCUCGAGCGACUCAAAGGCAUAUUUCCCGUUCGUCUUGGCAGUUUGAAUCCUUUAGACAUAUUCGUCCGGUUACCAUGCGAAUCGGAUGUCUUUCAAAGUCGACAGGCGUCUCAGGCACCUUUCUUUUCGGCCGUCGGUUCGAGCUCGUCCAAAGUGGCGAAUCAGCGUUUACCCUUACCAGCCUAUCUCCUCCAGCUGGUGGUCAUCUGGAGAGACAUCAUGUCUAGCGUCUACAGGAAUGAACACGGUCUGUCCUCGGAUGGAGAGCCAGCAACAAUUGUUGAAAGCUCUUUCACCUACAGCCCAAGGAAUAUGGACCUGGCUGCUGAGGCUGGGACCCUCAGCACAUUCCUUACGAUUCAUCUUCUGUUCCACCACGGUCUCGUAAAGGUUCACCGACACUCGUGCGCCUCGAGCCGAAUAUCGGCAGCAAAACGGAUGCAAUACCUCUCGGGGAUCCAAGAGGAAGCUAACCAACCUUCCUAUGCUUUUGGAUCAAUUGGCCUUGCAAACGCACUAGUAGAAGCUGCAAGUAUGGUUUGGGACGAGGCACGAGUUCAUCGGGCCGCACUGGAACAUCGACAUGACGCUCUACGCGCAGCAGUGUUCGCCAACGAAAACGAGGGCAAAUGCUGGCAAAUGAAGGAUUCGAUGGACACGACAUACUGGCCUAUCGUGGACAUUGUUUACACGCGGGGCCGAAAGACAUAUACUUCCGCAACCAUGGUUGUCUGUCAUUCUUAUCAUUUUCACAUCUGCAUUGCAUUUCACGGAGUUGGAGGGCGCAUUUGGACAAUUGCUAUUUUUUCUGCUUUUUAA